AGAGUCUAGGAGAGAUUUUUUUUCAGUUUUGACUUUUUUAAAAUGCUAAGUUGCUUGCAAAAAGCUUCAAGAAGAAGAAGUUUUGAUUAUUUUAAAGUUAUCUGCAUUGUAAGGCUUCAACAUGCACAAGUUCAAAGCAAAGAAACUGCAGUAAAGGAUUUUUCCGAAAUCCCUCAACCAAAAAGCCUUCCAAUUCUUGGCACGUUUUUAGACUACACAAAGUUCCGUGGAUUUAAUGUUGCUAACUUGAGCAAUCUGUUCAAAGCCAGAUUUGAUGAACUGGGUCCGAUAUAUAAGGAAACAAUAAUCCCAGGCUUAUCGGAACCAACUGUUCAUUGUUUCUCACCACAAGAUAACGAGAAAUUAUUCAGAUUGGAAAGCAGAUUGGCUAAUAGAGAUCCAAUUGAAUUUCUAAAAGUAGUAAGAGAAAGAAUUGGAGUUCCGAGUGGUCUGGUCAAUAUACAAGGAGAAGAAUGGUAUCAGCUGCGCAGAAUUGUAAAUGAGCAUUUUCUUACCAACUCUUCUGUUUGGUCGUACUCCAAAGACAUUCAUGAAGUAUCAGAAGAUUUUGUUGAUUAUAUAAGUCGUAGUUUGGAUUCAAAUAAUGAAGUUCCCAACUUUGCUCUCGCUUUAAACAAAUGGGCACUAGAGGGGGCUGGAGUGUUUAGUUUGGACACAAGAUUCGGUAUGUUUACUGGAGAGGUUGAAGAACACCUUCAAGAAAUCGUCGACAACAGCAACCUUAUGUUCCAACUGAUGGCAGAACUCACUGUUGCACCUCCAUUUUGGAAAUAUUUUGAAACAAAACAAAUAAGAGCAUUGAAGCAAUGUCAAGCCGCUCAGGUUGCAGCAAUUAAGAAACAGAGAGAUAUUCUAUUGAAGAGAAUCAAAGAAAAAGAUCCUGAGAAACUGACCAAGUUGGAAAAAUUGAUGACAAAAAAAGAUUUACCACAAGGGGAGGUUGACAUUCUUGUGUCAGAUAUGCUUGGUGGAGGGGUGGACACCACUUCAAAUGCAGCAGCUUUCAUGCUUUAUAUCAUGGCUGUUAAUCCUGACAAGCAGGAAAUAUUAAGGGAAGAAAUUAAAACUGCUCUACAAUCUGGAAAAGUGGAUGGAAAGUCACUCCAAAGAAUGAAAUAUCUUCAUGCUUGUGCGCUUGAAGCUCAGCGUAUGUUUCCGUUAACUCCUGGAACUUCAAGACGAUUGCCCGUGGAUGUUGUUUUAUCGGGAUACAAUGUACCAGCAGGUACAAGACUGUUACUUCUUUCCAAUGUAGCGCAUCAUAAAAAUCCCGAAUAUUUCGACCAACCAGAAAGUUUCUUACCUGAGCGAUGGUUGGAAAGGAAACACAAAUCAAAGUUUGCUAUGAUUGGUUCAUUUGGCAUGGGCGCCAGAGCGUGUCCAGGUCGUAAAUUUGCGAUGCAAGAAGUUCAUUAUCUUCUCAUCAGUUUACUCAGUCGAUAUAAAGUGGAAUAUCAUCACAAACCAAUUAAACCACAUUUCAGAUUGGUAACUGUGCCAUCUGAAGAACCUCAGUUCACUUUUAUUCCCUUGUAAUAAUUCUUCAGUAUCUGAUAUUUAAUUUUUAUUUUGAAUGAAAUUUAUUUUGUUUCAGUCACGAUAACGAAGAACAAAAAAGUUUUCAGUAACGGUAAAAAUAGUAGCGGUAGUAUAACAGUUGUUAGAACAAGCUUUUUAAUAAAACAGAAAA